AUGUCCACCGCGUCCUCGAGUUGUCGUAUGAUGCCCAGCAGGACGUGUUGUCCGAGCACGUCGAGUACUUCUCCAUUUAUCUCACGAGGGGGUUCGUCAGCUUUCUUGUCGAGGAGACAAACGAACGACAGCCAAUGUGGCAUAGCUCGUGGGAGGACGACGCCAGUUGAGGGACAGAGUUAGGGCCCAUAAGGACACUACUUAGAUAAAGCAUCUGUCAGUACAACCACCUAUGAUUUAACAGGAGGUUAGAGUUUCUUUGCAGACAGAACAUGCUUUCUGCGCAGUCGCAGACUACCAUCUGCGGGGCUUGUGAAGUUAAACAACCUACAAUCUAAGCCAAUCAUCAUCAUUUAUUAUUCCUUGAUCAUCGCAGGAGCGGUUGUAAUGGCUUGAUGCGUCAAUAUUAGUCAGUACUCAUACAUAGAGGGGAACAGCUUUCAAUACUAUUCCAUCUAAGUCAAUCAUCCUCCUUAUUCCUUGAUUCUCUCUACUUCCUACGACUGCCUCCAUUCCUUGAUCAUUCUCUCGACAACGACUGCUCUAACUCCCGCGUUUCUUUGGCAAAAUGCGUAGUGUCAGACGCGUGCUCUAUCCAUGGCAGCAAGAACUGCAGCGAGACGCGUGGGCAUUUAUGCAUCAGGAGAUGAUCGCACAUUUCCGCAGUCCAGAACGAGAGGACCCGACCAGGUCUCUAGUACGCCUAAACGCAAGACUGUGGCCGAAAUUCUGCAGUAAAGAGAUGAUUCUGUUACGAGAUGAGCCUUGUCGUGUAGUCACGCGUGACGACGUUUUGUAGAAGCAAGAAGUGCCUGAUGUCGUGAGAUGAAAGAAGCACUAGACAACUGAUAGGUCAUUCUAUCCGCGCAUAAGCACGAGGGACGAUUUUUGUAUUCGACCGAUGAUUUUUGAUGUGGUCGUCCUCGUCGAAGCAAGAUGGUAAGUUUCAAAGCACAUAUAAAUAAACAGCCGGCUUGUUUUCCUCUUUCUACUUUUAGGUUAAAUCCCUUCUUGCAAUCUUCAAUUGCACUCCUGCUGGAUCGUUGUUAAUAGAGAAGAUGUCUGUGUCCCUCCUUCAUGAGUCGAAGAAAAGGACAGACUUCCAGGCCUCAUUACGCGACAUGGACCAGAUCGGGGUAUUGUCUUACGAGUGCCAGAUAUUAUUUACGGCGAGUUUUGACUUCCUUGAGAUUGAGAUAUGUCAGGGAAAUCUACUUAUAACAGAAGUGUAACAGCAACAACAAGUACUUCAGAAAUAUAGAGCUAGGAGCUAGCAUAGACGGGGGCACAGGUGGUCACGACCCCAUGGGAGGUAGUAGAUUCGCAUCUUCGUCAUCGUGUCAGAAUCUUUCAAGACCCCACCACAACUUCGCUCUACUUCCAGCAACGUAAAAAUACAAAGUGACUUUAUACAUCAUACUGCGCUAUUUAAGUUCUGCCCCAUGCGUUUAAUCAUGAAGAAUUUGUUUUUCUCUAAGUCCCGCCCCAUGCCUUCGAUGAAGAAGGAGGUCACCUCAGUCACGCUUUCAAGGGAAAGCUUUUCCGCAUUCACAUAGAGGACACAGGCUUCGACGAACUGUGCUACAUAUCCGACGUAAGGGCUCACACGGUGGAUAAAAAGCUAUAUUUCUUUAAGGCUCGAUAUUAUUUACUUACAAGUGUUCAUUUGUUUGUUUCGAUUUCCGAGGUUUAUAUUCGUUUUCUUCUGUAGUUUCCUUCCUCCUACUCCUAGGAUUGUGUUGAAGGUGGAAUGUCUUCAGGGAAGAAACCUUCGUAGGAUUCUGAAGAAAUGAAUGGGAGAUGAAGUGAAAUCUUUGCCCUCUUCUAAUUACUUAAGGUUCGACCGACACGUGCCCUACAAACAGAUGAGCACUGUUGUUAAGGCUCAAUACAAUUCUUCAUUUCUACGCCUCAAUCAUUUUUCUCUGUUUUAGGCGUCAAAAGAUACCUCCAGAACAGGUAAAUGAAUGAAUGAGUGAAUUUCUUCUUGAGAUUCGGAGAAAAUGUUGCGACCAAGAAUUCGGAGACCAAGAAAUGAACCUCUUCUAGUAUUGCUCUAAUGUGGAUAUCCCUGUGUCGCUCCUCGGGGUGUACGGAUGUCCGGGUCAGUUGAAAGGAUCCCACGUCGAACUGGCAAUGCCUACGGUAAAAUGUGAAAUCGUGGUUAAGAUGAAACUUUAUUAGAAUGAAGUAUACAUCACCUACAAUCUUGAAGUAAUAUCCACCUCUCAUCUUUAUUAGAAUGAAGUAAACAUCACCUACAAUCUAGUCCUCUCAUCUUUAUUAGAAAGAAAAGUUUUAUAUUUAUUCUCAUUCUCUUUCUCAGGCACUUAUCUCACGCUUACACGUUAUUAGAAAGAAGUAUCACAGAUGCCUCAGAGGAUGAGGCUGAGGAAUCUAACACAAGAAAGGGUUACGAAAUACGACUUCCUACUGCUCCUUUUGCAAUAGCUCACUACUUGACUUUGUACUUGUAAUAAAUACAUCGGGCCUUUCUGCUAUUCUGUAAAUGUAUUCAUAACCUAGGUCGUCUAUUCCUCCAAUCAACGACCACUACUAUCAUGUAAGUGUAUUCAUCUCCGCUCGGUUUGCUUGCUCUUCUUAGAAGGUACAGGCAGACUGAAAUAGCCUCUCUUUCAAUAAGUUACUUUGAAGCACGAGGCACCAUGACAUGACAUGACAUUAAUUAUUCCUGUAUUUAUCCUAGGUCGCUUAUUCCUCCUGUAAAUUCUAACCUCCUCAUCACUUGAACCAAUGGAUGUAAAUUCUAACACCCGCGAAGAAUUUCCGAGUCCAUUUUUGGUGGAUUGCUCUAGACUGAGCAACCGGAUGGACGGCAUGGACUUACACUAUGGGCGAAUCACCUUAGCCGACAUCGAACACCUUUUGGAGCCAUACAAAGGCCUAGUGCGGUUUUCACGACAGUAUACCAACUUUUAUGGAUGCGAGCCAUGUUGAAUUAUAAUUAGCUUUCUUGUGUUGAUUUGUGAUAAAGAGUAAGUCUAGUUAGUUAGAAGAUUAUUAUUAUUUGUUGUUUUCCUGUGUGGACCAGAUCGAGAUAAAUUUCUAACCCUCAGAGGAGACAGAAGUCGUUAUGUGUUAUGAUGUAACCGACGUCCCGGAACAGCCUCUGCCUGCGGACUGGAAAGACCCAAAUUUUGACAACAGACAAGGGCGUUAUCAUCUCACUUAUAGUGGGUUCUGGCCGAAGCAAGUACAGAGAGGAUGAAUGCAUACGAUGUUGUUGAGAGGUGAGUCCAUACCUAGGUAUAUUAAAUCGAUACCAUGUAGGUGUAUCCCGGAGAAGGGACAUUAAAGCAAUGAAUAUGAAUACCGUGCUUAUCGUGCUCCUGACCUCUUUAUUUGAAUACAAAUUCGAGUUGCUCCUGACCUCUUUAUUCGAAUACUACAAAAGAGCGCUUGCGCUUCAUCUUCAU